UCCAUGCACCUGACUUGCACUUCCCUCCGUUUCUACGACUUCCAAACGCCGAAUUCUAUCGUCGAGCGAUCCAGAACCACCUUUGUCGUCUAGUUUUCCAUCGUGUGAUCGGAUCAGGACCGUACGUUUCGCGAACUCGUGUGUUCUUUUUCCGUGAAACGCUGAUCAGUGGAUACAGUGAUCGUGACAGGUUUGAUCAUCAAGCCCCGUUGCUCGAAUCAAUUGCUUCCUCCGCCACAUCAGUGUGUGAGUGUUCCUCGCGAUCGAUUGAAAUGGCAGUGCGUGUACACGGUGUCUGACGUGCCCCUGGAUUUCUUGGAGACAUUUAGCCGACCAUUUCGGAUCCAGCACGGACCUGGUGCCACAAGUACUGGGGAUGUUCGACGAGCUCGCGCGUCGCGGUAAUGGUUACAGCGAUCAUGUAGUUCUCCCGACGGUGCUUCAGAAACGAUUGAGCCUGGUGUCCCAAUCCCAUCGGGACUCCAUAUUCGGUCAGUUCUGUCCCGAGAUCACGAAAAGCCAGCCAGAGGACGCGAUGAACGACCAGCCGGGAACCGAGAACAACGUGGAUGGCGUGGCCGAUGACAUCGCCCGGGAGAAGGAGGACAACAUUUACGAGACAGUGGCCAGCCAGCAGGAAGAUCGAAACGACUGUGCGAUCGUGGAGAAGCCUUAUCGUCGAGAGAGCAACGGACUCACUCCGUUAAGGUACAACAGACGGUGCAGAAAUGCCGGUAGACCACUCUCUGGAAGCUCCGUGGCGUCCAGCACCUCCUCCAGUGGAUGCAGCAAUCAAGGGAACGCGUGCAACGUCAAUCCUUAUUUGGCGUCGGUCGAGUCUCUGGCCGAUACUUGCGCCAGUUCCCAAGGUUCUGGAGACAGCGGAGUGGUGACGGUCUCAGAAACGAACUGUCGAAUCGGAAACGAUGGCGGUGGUCAACGACGAAACAGCGCGGAGAAGGAUUCCCCGUUCUACAGACCACGUUACUGCGAUCCCCAUCGAAAUCCCAUGGAAAGGGUGCUCCUCGAAAUAGUCGACACCGAAGCGAUAUAUGUGGAGCACCUGCGACAAAUUAUCCAGGGUUACCUUAUAUGUUGGAGAAACGAUCCGGCAUCGUUUGCGCAUGGAAUGCAACUAAGCGACUUAUUUAGUAAUAUUGAGGAUAUCUUCGAAUUCAACAGAGAGUUCCUUAAAGAAAUAGAGAAAUGUGGCUUGGAUCCUGUUUGCAUGGCAAACACGUUUAUAAAGCACAACUCAGGAUUCAAAGUGUACACAGAGUAUUGCACCAAUUACCCAAGGACAGUGUCCGUUUUGACCGAUUUAAUGAGUCAAGAAGAAACUGCAAAUGCAUUUCGAGAGAGGCAAGCAGCUUUGGGGCACGCGUUACCUCUUGGAUCGUUUCUUCUGAAACCCGUUCAAAGGAUCCUUAAGUACCAUUUGCUUCUAGAGAACUUGUCCAAGGAGUAUGGGGCGGACUGUGAAUUAAGAGAAAAUGAGGCUGAAGGGAGGAAGGCGAUUGAAGCAGCGCUAGUAGCGAUGACUGGCAUUGCGAAGCAUAUUAACGCGAUGAAACGAAGACACGAGCACGCCGUGCGUGUUCAAGAGAUUCAAUCGCUUCUGUACGGUUGGCCUGGCCCUGACUUAACCACAAGUGGCGAACUAGUGGCGGAAGGACGAUUUAGAAUGCGAGGGGCGAAAGCCCCCAGGCACGCUUUCUUGUUCGAUCGUAUGCUUCUUCUCACCAAAAAGAAGGAGGAUGGGCUUCUAGUCUACAAGGCUCAUAUCAUGUGUUCAAACUUAAUGCUCAUCGAAAGCAUACCAGGAGAACCACUCAGUUUCCAUGUUAUUCCUUUUGACAAUCCCCGACUGCAAUACACCUUACAGGCAAGGAACUUAGAACAGAAGAGGGAAUGGACGUUGCAAAUAAAGAGGGUGAUACUUGAGAAUUACAACGCGGUUAUACCUUCCCACGCGAGACAGUUGGUCUUGCAACUUGGCCAGACGCAACCCGAAGACGAUGCCCUCGCGGACAAAGGAUCGGGGAAGAAGCAAUAUUCCGCGCCGCCGGAAUAUUUAGAGAAGCGUAAACAAGAGAGGGAGAGACGAAGGUCUGAAACUGGGCUUAGGCAGAAGUUUAAAAAAGGUGCCAGAAAGUCUGAGACUACAACCGAGGAUUCUCCAGCAUCGCCAAGAAAGAAUCAGAGCGAGGAUGCUGCCAUAAAUGAUUCUAGGGAACAGGGUAUUAGAGUUUCAGAAGGACGUGGGUCAAAAGUCAAGGAUCGCUUCACCGGUUGGAGACGGAAGUCAGAGCCGGGCUUUCAAUCUUACGUGUGCCUGAAUCAAUCCGACGAGGAGCAAAAGGAGGACACAGGCGACACCGGGUCGGCCACGGUCGAGACCGAGUGCGCAAUUAUCGAGAACGACAAGCAAUCGUCGAACUCUCCGCCGCCUGAAACCAAAGAGAACACCGAGCAACAGACCCAAGCGCAGACCGUCGAAGAGAUAGUUGGCCACAUACUUAUGCAGAACCAGGAAUUCCAAAAGCUGCUCGAGAAACAACGAACGAACAGCAUACUGAACGUCAGGCAGCAGCAACGUUUCAACAAGCACCGGUCAGCUGACACGUCCGACGACAGCGACUCCGAGAAUACCAAUUACAUCACCGACAACUCCAACAACAACAGGUUGGCGCGUCUCAGGGCGGCGCAACGCGACCGACUGGUCAGAACGAACAACACCUGGAACUCGUUGUCCUCGUCGCGGGACCAUCAGCCCACGUUGCAGGUGUUCUACGACAACCUGAACAAAGCAGAGAACAACAAACUAGCGGAGAGCAGCCUGAAGAACAAGAUCAAUCGUGUCCAGGAGAAGAAGGCUCUGUUCGAGGCGUUCAAAAGGCAGAGCAUCGUGACGGAGAGCAAGGUGAUCAAGACUGCGCUGAGGAUAAGGGAAAAUUCGACGUCCAGAAGCGAGGAGGUGACUCCAACGCCUGUCGAGAAGGAGCCUGACGUUGAAAUCGUAGUGAACGACAAGGAGACAGCCGCGAACAAUGUUCAGGAAGCGACAGAACCCAGCAAAGGGUUUGGCAACUAUGACAAUUUGCAGCACGUUUGGGAGGGUUUGCAGGAGGAGAAGGACUUGGACGGUAACGACAGUCCGAUUCGUCCGGCGGUCUGGUUAACGAAACGCUGCGAGGGACUACCAACGUCUCCUCAAAAGUGUGGCUCCCUUCCGCGCAGUUUUCAGAUCAAUCCUAACUCGACGCAAAACGUGACCAAAUCGCGGUUCUUACAGAGGGACGGGAAACCGAUGAGCGAAAGGCCUUUCACGAUAGCCUCGGACAAGCCGGCGGAGAUCAAUCUGGAGGACAUGGAGAGAUAUGCCUCGACGUGUCAGCCGCAGGGCAGGAUCGCCAAGUUCCCCACGUCCGUUUCAACGUCCACCUCGACGUUCUUCUGUUCCCUGGACGACACGCUGACGGACGCCUAUUCCGAGCUUCACGUGUCCUCCACGACCGCCAACAUACAUCCUGACCAUAAAAUUUACAGGGCCAACGCGACCGGUAGCGCCACCAUAUUCAAGAACGUCCUCUCGAGGGCUGGCAAUCGUCUGCAGGUCUUGAGGAAUACGAUGAGCACGGAGACCCUGGAGUGCAGCGAGGAGCUCGAACGGACCAAGUACUUCAGCUCGUUGAGCGCAGGUAAGUUGAAGAGAAAAGGCAAACUGAAGCACUCCAGGGAGUCUUCGUCCGACGUGGAGGAGCUCGUUGGCUGCGCUGCCAGAGCAUCGGACUCGAGGGUCCCAUCGCUUUAUUACAAGCAAGGGAGCUCGAGCCUGGGCGCUCGUAUCGCUCAGUCCGACUACGCGGACCCUACGAUACUGUUCUCCGAGACCAAACGGCUCGGCCAACUGGCAAACAGCGUGACCAAAGCCGACCAAGAGAAGAAGGACGACGAGGAGAGCCCGGAGAACCGGGAGAGCGAGACGGAUAGCUUCUACGAGAAGUCGUUCGAGACGAUCGAGAAUUACGUGGACGCGGACGUAGACGACGCGUUUCGGGAUAGUGCAAUAUUCAGCGACAUAGAGGAGGUACUCGUGACCAGGCCAUUCUCGAAUCACUGCACGGAGGAGCCUUUCAAGAGCAAAGUCGCUCCGCCGAUACCCGCGAAGAAGAGAACAGAGUCGAGCGUAUCGGUGAAUCCCCCUGCGUACAGUGCGACGACAAAGUGCAAGCCCAGCGUGGCCCAGAAGCCUGACUAUUUGAAGAUUAAGUCUGUGCUGUUGAAGGAACAACAGGAGUCGGACUCUAAGGUUUACAAGAAGUCACCUGUGACAGAAUGCGAGACCUAUCAGUAUCCCAAGAGUAGUUUGCAGGGUAACUGUGGAGAGAACAGUGGAGAGGAGAGGGACGAUGUGUCUGCAGGACAGAGCCAAGCUGGCUGGGUGAGGAAAAUCGUGGGCCAGUUGCAGGGGCACGUUGAAACGUAAUUUAUGCCAAUGAAAGUGUACAAAUCCUGCGAAAUUGAAUCUAGAACGCAUGAAUUUCACGUUUGUUGGCGUUCUUAAUCCUUUUGAAAUUAGUCGGGGCUAGUUUGUGUCAACACAUUUCCAAAUUGAUCCCUUUUCAACAAUUGUUGAUAAGUGUUUAGCUUGCUUGAUACCACAGUUGUCAGAUUAACCUCAAAAUGUGCAAUGAAUUGACAAGUAUCCAUUAGAAAUGAGACCUAACUAAAACAAGAUACCUGUAUACAAUAACAAUGAAGAGAUGUUCAAAAAUACGUGUCCAGUCCAACUCCUGGUUGCACAAAGUGACCCCUGAUGGUAUUUUUUUGUAGCUAUAGUAUGAUCUAUGCCUGUUGGGGUUAUGCAAGAUGAUUCUAAAAUGGUGGAAAAAGGUACACAUCUUGAAAGGGUUAAGAUCAAUCUCCGGAUCAAUAAUACUCGCUAGAGGUGUGGCUCAGCCAAUGAAAUUUGUCUUUCAGUGAUCUGUAAAGUACAAUGUUUGAGAUUAUAUUUUAUUAAUACAGCGGAAGGCGAAAGCGAAGAUGGAAGAUGAUUCCCAUUCGAGGGUUGUUCGAAAUAAGGGUACAUAGAGAGUAACAUUGAUCUAGAUGAAACUCAGAUACUGUAAUGGAAGGCAUAAUAUGUGCAUAAUGAAUUUUUUUUUUUUACAUUGUAAGAGGGAAUGUUUUGUAUUUUGUACGUAAUUUUUGAAGACAGUAUUUUUGUUGAAUGGUCUGAUUAAAAAAAAAAAAAUAUAAAACAAUUGUUAUGUACACAUUACGUUUCCCUUUAUAUUAUUUGUGCCUUGCAUGAACUGUUUCCCAUGCAAACAUGAAGUUCUAGUGUUGAAGUACAUAUAGAUUGUACAACAUUGAAACAAAUACUGCCGUAUAAAUUUGUCAUAUCAUGUAAACUAGCGGUAAAUAGAAAAAUGUUGUAAGUGAUAAUUUCAAUUAACGUAUGCCGUAUUUAAUCCGUGUCAUACGUAAAUUUCAUACAAAUGAUACAGGGUAAUUGAAAGGAGUCUUUAAUGCACGU